GCACUUUGCAGACCCAGCGUUGUUCUUUCAAACAUUAUUCUGAUUCGUUAAAAUUACUGAGCUUGCAUUGCGCCUUGAGUGCGAUCGAUAUGGAUCUAAGAUCCAUACAAAAGCAGUGGUUUCUUUCUUAAGCUAAAUUACAAUAUUCCGUGUGGUCUCACAUCCGAAAAACUUGUUCGGCAACUUUCAAGAUCAAGCCGGGUAAAUUGUGUACUGCGUGCUGUUUAAGCUAUCUCAAGCACAGGCGAUUGGCGGGAUCGGAUCGCGCCUAAGUAAACCCAAGCAGAUCAAAAGUAAAUUUGCCAGAAUGUCAGACCAGCCCGAUCCGAUCAAGCAGCUUCCUCCGCAGCAUGAAGACAUUGUGCGCUCCACAUGGGCACAGUUAUUGGGCGCCGAGGGGAGCGUGCAGAAUUUGGCUGUGGAUUUGGUUAAAAGCUUGGUUAAAACCCAGCUUGGUGGAGAAGGUGGCAGCGCUGAACCGUCUGCACCACCCGCAGCCGCAGGAGACGAUCAGGCGCACGCAGGUGGCGGCGAGUCAACUGGACGCGGCGCGGAAGGUGGAAAUAAUGAUUUGUUCUAUCAGCUUGGUGGAUUGGCUGGACAAUUUCUGGGUACUCGACGUGAUGGAGGAGGCUCGGGUGGAGGAGGUGGUGGAGACCUUAUGGGACAGCUCGGUGGUUUGGCCGGACAGUUUUUGGGCGGUGGGCGAUCUCAGUUGGGAGAAGAACGACCAGCCAAUUCGGAAGGAAACAGCACCGACACGCCACGGUCUGGAGGAGGCGGGGGCAGUCUAAUGGACACACUUGGUGGAUUGGGGAGUCUGGCGCGACAAUUUGGGGGAGGCUCCGGUGGCGGUGGCGGUGGGGGAAAUAUUAUGCAGUUGAUUGGAAGUCUGGGAGGCAUGGCGGCUCUGGCGCAAGGCUUACAUGAUCCUGGGAAGCUUUUAUCAUUCUUCAUGAAGACUCCCGUUGCACAAGAUGCUGGCAACCCGGAUAACUCCUCUCGCGACAUUUAUAAGAUCAUAAAAGGAGUGAUUUUUAAUCUUCUCGGAUCGAAACUGCCGGAAGAGGAUUUUAACCAGAAUGCGGAAAAUAAGAGCGCCUGGAAGGGUUACUUGGGAAUGAUCGCCAAAGCGCUGCGCAAUUUCGCGCAGUAGCCUCGCAACACUGCAUUCUAUUCCUUGAUUCUCUUUUCCCCUAUGAUGACUCACGCUUUUGUUUGCUGAAUGAAAAGGCGUUUGUUUUUCUGUAUUUUUGUUGCAUUGCGAUUGACUGGGAAUUGUUGGCUUUUUUUCAUGCCAUUUUAACUUUUUAAUGUAGUGUAUAUUUUUCGGUUUGGCUUUUUUAACCAGUAGUAAGUCAAAGGAUUUAGGAUACCGACGCUGGCAUUUAAGUUUGAACCUUUAUUUGGUCAGUUACUGUAUUUUAUGUAUACAGGGUGUAUUUGCUUUGGUACAUGAACAAAGUAUUUUGAAAGGAAUUGGAGGUAGCUAAUCCGUGACUGAGAACAAUCUGUGUGCUAUAUUAAAUAUCUAACAAAGAAA